AUGAAAUUCACCAUCGCCGCCACAACCUUGAGUGUCGCUUUGGCUUCCGCAUUUCCUCAGAAAAAUGCUCAAGUAGCUAUGCCGGAUGAUAUUCAUGCCUGGCAUCCUGCUGGCGUCAAUGACCUCAGAGGUCCUUGCCCAAUGAUGAACACUCUCGCCAACCACGGCUUCAUCCCCCGUAACGGCGGCAACAUCACAAAACAGAACGCUAUAAGAGGUCUGGCUGAUGGUCUGAACUUCGACGCCGCACUGGCUUCUUUGAUGUGGGAUCAAGCCAUCAUCGCCAACCCCGAGCCGAACGCAACAUUCUUUACACUUGAGCAUCUGAACCAACACAACGUACUCGAACACGACGCAAGUCUCUCCCGCAUGGACGCCUACUACGGUAACAACCACGUUUUCAACCCCGAAGCUUUCGCAACCAGCACGAGAUACUGGACAGACGAAACGCUUACCGCAAACAUGCUGGCAAACAGCAAAUUAGCACGCAUGAUUGAAUCCAGAGCUUUCAAUCCCAACUACACAUUCACUGCCAACAAUGAGCAAUUCAGUUUGGGCGAAGUUGCUGCUCCAUUUAUCGCUUUUGGAAAUACGACUAGUGUGACGGUGCCCAGAGAUUUGGUCUUGUAUUUUUUCGAACAUGAGAGAUUGCCUCAUGAGUUGGGUUGGAGCAAGAAGAAUGAGACGAUGACGCUGAAGGAUAUUUUGAAUGUCGUGUCGUCUAUUCGGAACGCUACGAGUCUGUUGACUCCAGAGUCGGCUUCGAAUCAGACUGCAGAUGGUGAAUCUCAUGGCAUUCCCGAGGGAGUACAAGUCGCUCGCCGUAGUCUGCAUUUGCCUGUGGGUGUUUGA